GGAAACUAACCCUUGUAAAACGAAGACAGUUUGUUGGUGGAUAAUUAAAUUGUAAGACACGUGGAUAAAGUGUUUAUAAAUGGCUGGGUAUGCUUCAAUAUUUUUACAUUGACAGCUCACAUUUCUCACGACAAAUUGGUUACUAUUACCAUUUUAGUUGCUGACAGCAUGGGGACUGCACUGAGGUGGCUGAUUUUGAAUUUAUUUUGUAUUUGGGAGUCAAGCUUUGGAAACGCUUUACCCUCGGGAUUUUAUCGUGAUUCCUCUCAUACCUGUUCAUAUGGAGAGAAAGCUAAAUUGCCGAAUCACGAAUGCGUCAAGAUCAUUAUGCUGUAUGACAAAAUCAACACAGAAAACAGCUCAUCACUGUCGGAGGUUAAUGUUCAAAUUGGAGAAGAAUCUUUGACGUAUCUCAUGAGCGACCUACAUUAUCCAAUAAAAGCCAGCACCCGUGUGACCGCGUGGAUGCAGGACACGAUCAUCCCAGCCACACCUAUCAGUCACGUGACAGAUUGCGUAAUCGUCGGGCACCUGGAGAAUAAUGUCUAUGACAGGAUUCAUAUUUCUUUAUGCGAUAAAUUGAUCGGAUGGUUUGAAUACGGCAACUGGUCUUACACAAUACACAAUUGUCCAGUUCUGCCGGCACUUGACAAACAUGCAGCGCAUAUGGAAAUCUUAGUAUCUAAGACAGAAAGGCAGUUUACGGCAAGAGAGGUCGACGGGCUGCAGGACCGUUCCCAUAUUCGAGCGCGACGGGAGACAACACAAAACCUAACAAUCGAGACUGUUCUUAUUCUGGAUGAGUUAUAUAUUGCCAGAAUGGCCAAGGCAGGGUACAGCUCAAAUGCACAACUAACGAACCUUAUGCAAUUGAAAUGGUCAGGAGUCCAAGCCGAAUGGGGGAAGGCAAAUGUGCUGGGGUAUAAGGUAGUUCUAGAGAUCAAAGAAAUCGUCUUCUGGAGAAAAAACCCGGCUUGGUACAUCCCAAGUAAAACACUAGGAGACACACUGAUUAGUGUAUGCAGCGGCACAAAUUCUAACAACCUAUAUAUGGAGUAUGACCAUAUACAUGUGUACACUGGCAUCACGGGCACAGAUGUGGCAGGAAAGGCGUACCAAGGCAAAAUAUGCAGCGAUGUUUAUAAAUGUGCAGUUUCUACGGACACUGGUGUGACAGAAUACGUCACUUCCGCCCACGAACUUGGUCACUGUAUGAACAUGUAUCACGACGGUGACGUAGGGUGCCCAUACCCCAACGAUGGCAUCAUGGGUAGCAAGACUUCCGGUUGGAGCACGUGCAGUGUCAACAGCAUGAAGGCACUUCUGCGGAAUACUGCUCAAUCUGGCUGUCUUACUACAACAAAUGUUGCAUCCCCCCUCGCAAUGGAACUGUCAGAGAUAUGGCCAGGGAUGAUAUACACUGACAACGAGAUAUGCGAAUUUAAGCACGGCCCCGGAUACAGAUUCAGGAAAUUUCCAUUAGCAACUUUGGGCUCGUGUUACUUGCAUUCGUGUAUCAAUAUGAAUGUCAAUUCCACGGACUACGGCAUCAUGUUUAACUACCUAACCCCCACUGAUGGUAGCUACUGUGGUCCUGAAAUGAUCUGCUCCACCCAGCUGGUUGAAGGGGUACCCCAGUGCAUACAUUGGAACAACACCGGCCUUUACCUGUCCGUAUUCGAAGUCGUUCCGGGUGGAUGGUCAGACUGGGGACCCAACACGACAUGCAGUCGCACGUGUGGAACGGGCAUCAUUUACAGGAGAAGGACGUGCAGCAAUCCAAAACCAAAGAACAGUGCAUGGUGCGAGGGAAAUGAAUAUAAGUCAUUUGUAUGUAAUACCCAGCCUUGUCAUAAUGACCCGGAUGUUGAGAGUGAAUUAAAAAUUGUGCGCGCAUCAGAGACAUGCGCAACCUUGAAGGCCAACAACGUUUACAAAAAACUUGGUUUAAAUGCUUCCUUCUUCCUUGACAGCGGGAUACAAUUUAAUAGUUAUGACUACGGGCAGUGCGAGGUGAAGUGUAACAGCGUCAACCCUGUGUACUAUUACCAGAGGUUUGGUCUGAUGCCGGAUGGGACACCAUGUGACCUCCAUGAACUCGACUCGUUUAUAGAAACCAACAAACUCGCUCGGAGGUCUGGUCGAUCCGGCCGUUGUGUACAGGGCUACUGUCAAAUGUUCGGUUGUGAUAACGUAUCUGGUACAAAGUCGAAUGACGAAUGUGGGGUGUGUGGAGGAAAUAAUUCGACGUGCAACGUUGUAACAGGAGUGUUUAACGAGCUUGUUGCCUUUGACACGAGACAUGUGAUCGAUACGUUACCUUCUGGGUCCUUCAACAUCGUGUUCUAUUUCAACUAUAACGCUAUGAUAUACAACUUCAUAGAGCUAUAUAGCAUGGAGAACAGGGGUGUAAUGAUGUUAAGCUACGUGCGUCUGACAAACCCGGUCAACUAUGCAGGGAGCUACUGGUAUGGUAACUUCAGAACACAGUUCCUGUACACUGAGGGUCCUAUAUCACGACCAGUUGUCAUUAAGUUUGUCCAGAAAGGCUCGUCUCCGAACGUAGGAGUAUAUUAUGCUUACUCCUUAUCAUUGGAUAAUUGUACCGGUUCAUGCGGAAGCUACGGCACAUGGAACCAAACCCUAUGUGGAUGUCAGUGCAAUGCCGGCUACUUUGGCGCUUCGUGCAAUACCACAUGCAAUAAGAUUUGCAAUAACGGAAUGAGCCUGAUGUCGACUGUGUGCGGCUGUAACUGUCUUGGAAACACGUACGGAACAGCGUGCGAAUGCAGAUACCCGUUCCAAGGCAAGGACUGUCAGGACUGCAAGGUUAGAACGUGCAAGAACGGAGGCACGUUUAAUUCGACCGCGUGUCGGUGCUCAUGUCCGCAGGGAUUCGGAGACUUAGACUGCGGCUCAUCAUGUCAAGACAAAACGAACACGACAACAUGCGUGACUAACGUUGGGAAGGGCUGGUGUGAGUCGAAGAACGAACAGAUGGAGCAGGAUUGCUACAUGUCUUGUGGACUUUGUGUGCCUGAUCCAACAACAACAAGUUUACCACAUACCACAACUGUGUCUACACAGUCUCCAAAUACCACAACUGUGUCUACCCAGUCUCUACCUACCACAACAGUGUCUACCCAAUCUCCUUAUACCACAACUGUAUCUACCCGAUCUUCUUAUACCACAACUGUGUCUGCCCUGUCUCCCCAUACCACAUCAGUAUCAACCAUGUCUCCACAUACAACGACAGUGUCCACCAUGUCUCCACAUAGCACAACUGUGUCUUCCAAAACUCCGGCCGAUAAAACACGGGCCGAUACGAUGGCAAGUGAUGGUAAUCAUUCCACCGGUGCUAUCGUUGCCAUUUCCGUUGGCAGCGGGGCCGCCUUAACCCUACUUAGUCGUCGUAGUGUUGUGCACGGUGUUCCGCGCUCUGAGCACAAGGAAAUCAUACACUUCUUUUGAGCUUCAUAGUCCUUUUCACCAUACCUUAGACGAUACAAAUACUGCGAUCGCUCAUAACAACGAGCACGAAGAAGAUGAUCUUGAUGGUACUGUGUACCAUACACCAGACGAUACACAUAUUGCGUCCUCUCACAGCAACGCACACAAAGCACAAGGCAACGAGAGCCUUAGCAGAGAUGGCGACCAUGACAAGCAUGCAUAUCUUGGUGUUAUCCUUGCCGACAACACAGUAGUUCGAGAGCUACGUGACUAUGAAACCGGCGAUAGACAUAUGUAUCUAUAAUUAGAGUCUAGAAACGGAAACACAAAUGACGUACAAAGAUACGAAGACGUCUAAACACGAUGACCCUGACAAUCCUUCCCAUGGAUGUAACUACAACGACUACAAUGUAGAUGAAAACGUUAUAUUCAGAUGAACUAGUAGUUGGCUGUUUUGUGACAGCCCGGAUUACAUAGCAGCACAUUACGUAUUGUAGAAUUGAAUCAACCUAUUGAACAUUAUGAACGCAUAUGAUUUCUAAAAUUACGGGAUUGUAAUUACAAAAAUUUAACCUA